CAGCGCCAUCUAUGAUGAAUAAUAAUGGCUGACAAGGGAGAAAUUUCACAGGAAAAUGCACAAUUAAAUAGAAAAUUAAGAUAAAGCGGCUAAUUUACGCGUUACUAGGCAUCAUAAUCUGCAGUAAAGAUGCCGGCUGCAACCAUAACAAUGAAUGAGGCUGACGUAGUCAAGCUGAUUUCUGAAUUUCUACAGAAUCGUGAUUUGAACAUUUCCAUGUUGUCUUUGGAGAGAGAAACCGGUGUUAUAAAUGGAUUAUUUUCAGAUGAUAUGCUCUUUCUUAGGCAGUUAAUUCUUGAUGGACAGUGGGAUGAUGUAAUAGAGUUCAUUCAACCGUUAGAAACAAUUGAAGGUUUUGACAGCAAAAAAGUGAAGUACUUGGUCACCAAACACAAAUAUCUUGAACUUCUUUGUAUAAAAUCUGAGCCAAAUGUGUUACAAAACUAUGACUUUACUGUUGAUGAAGUUGUCAAAACACUCAACAGCCUUGAAAACCUUUGUCCAACUAAGGAAGACUACAGCAAUUUGUGUUUACUUCUAACUUUGCCAAAACUAUCCGAUCAUGCUGAUUAUCAUGAUUGGAAUCCAAGCAAUGCAAGAGUAGAGUGUUUCCGCAGUGCAUAUCUUCUUGUGGAAAAAUUUAUGCCCAUUGACAAAAAUGACAAUAAAUUGGCAAUGUCGCAGAAUGACAGGCUUCUACAAUUACUUUUGAAAGGGUUAUUGUUUGAGUCUUGCAUUGAGUUUUGUCAGCAGCAAGCUACUAGAGAAGGAUCUGGUGAAAUUGAAGUGAAAGAUGUUUCAUUAUUACAAGACAAUGGUUUCAGUGAUGCUGAUUUAAGUUUGUUGUCAUGGUUACAGAGUGUUACAUCAGAUGUGUUCUCAAUACCAUUUGAACAAAAGAAUUUGAAUCUUGACAUUCGUCCACUGAUGAAACCUUCACUUGAAGCUUCAUGGUCUGAACAAAUUCUUGUCACACCAAUAAAACCAAAGAUGUUUCCACAUUCAGCUGUUCCUAAUAUGCGUCUUAGAUCUGCUGACAUCAUGUCAAGAUCAUUGAAUCCACAGUUUGAUGGUUUGACAAGCGGGUUGUGGCAAGAUAGAAAUGCCAUGACAACAUCUUUAAAUGCAAGAAACAUUCUGUCCCAAUCAGUUAUCCCUGGCAGUUUGAUGUCGCAAAGUAUGAGGAAAAAUCCAAUGGAGAUGUCAAUAUGUAAAUUGUUUGAAGAAGGUGAAAAGCUUGAUACAGAAUCAGAAGUUGGCGACAAACUCCAGCCGAGAAAAACAGAGAUUGAACCCCCUAGUCAGCCUGCCCAAAGACCUACACAAAUACAAAAUGUUCAGUCCUUGGAACAGCCAAAAAGAAGCAGUACUCCACCUCGUAUGUCUACAAGCUUCCAUACCAAAAUGCCAGCAUCCUCAUCUGUACGACUACAACAGUCACAGCCAUUUCAGCCUCAGCGUUCACAAUCACCAACUCACAGCGUCACAGUUGACAAUCGUUCAAGUGUCGACAAAAAUGCAGAGAGUCAAGGGAGUCUCAAUGGGGCGGGGAGAGACUCGAGUUCUGAACUAUACAAAGAAUAUCAGAAACAAAAGCAGUUACUUCAACAGAAAUUGGAAGAACAAGAAAAGCAACGUGAGAUGUUUACUAAAGAGCUUAAGGAGUUGGAGAAGAAGGAAUUAAGUCUAGAGGACAAUAGACUUCGUGAGUCUGCAACACCAAGAGGGCCUGCAGACGUCAAACAGUUGCAGAGAAAAGUUGCUCAAGAUAUUGUUACCAGUACCCCCAAGCAGGGCGAGUCCAGCGCAAGCCCACAGGGCAUCGACUCUGAAACAAGCCCUGAUAUUGGAGUAUCUUAUGAGCAGAACGAGGGAGAUAGCAGGGAACCAGAGUUUGCAUCUCCUCUCAAUGUAGCUCAGUUACAAAUGAAGUCAGCGAAAAUCAAGGAACCAGAUUUCACUCCUAUCACGACACCAUCUGAAUUGAACAGAGCUGGAUUGUACAUGGAUCCGCCUAGUUUCCUUGACGACAAUACAACAGAGAAUUUUUCUGAAUCUGAUAUAGACAACAAUAAUCGACCUGUGCCUAUGCUGAACCUUGAUCCGAAUGUAGGAAGUGAGGUCCCAAGUGCGGUUGCCAAAAAAGCUGAAAAGAGUCCAUCAUAUAUACCCCCACAAGUUGCAGCUACAAAGAAAGUCGACAAAAAUUCAAGAAAAAGUAAAGCUGUCAGUAAUGGUACUUUAAAACCUGCAUCGAAAGAGCCUGGAACCAACAAACCUUUAAGCAGAUCACUCUCAGCGAGGAAUGGGGCAAAAUCAUCAGAUGCAAAAAGCAAGACUCUGCCAAGAUCUAACUCUGUUAGGCAAAAACCAGAGGCUAAGCCCGGUACCAGGCCUGAUAGCACAGUUCAGAAAAAGAGCCAGACUUUACCUAGACCAAAGAAAACAGAGCAGGGAACCAAGUCGCCUAGCAGGCCCAAUAAUAUAAAUCUUGCAGCUGGGCCAGGACCCAGGAAGAUGGGAAAGACAGUAGCAAAACAGCAGAAGCAAGGAAGUCCAAAUCAAGAUAGCCGUAGCUUACACAUGUCACAUUUGGAUACGCCCAGUCCGGUACACAGAUCCAAGAGAAGUUCUGGUGAUGGAAGAUCAAGGUUUAUACCCGUGACCACCCUGGAGGAUAUGCAGGCCAUAAGAACUGUGGCAUUUCACCCCUCAGGAGAGCUAUACAUGAUUGGUUCAAAUACAAAGACUUUGAGGAUCUGUGAAUUUCCAGACCUGAAUAAUUUAGCGUCUGAUCACAUGACUUGCCCUACGAAGAUACUGUGUCAGAAGCACAAACAUCACAAAGGGAGUAUAUAUUGUUCAGCGUGGAGUCCACUGGGAGAUAUGAUCGCAACUGGAUCCAACGACAAGUCAAUUAAAAUUAACAGAUUUGACAUAGACAGUUGUACUAUAGAUGGUCAGGAUAUUGAGUUGAGUUUCCAUGACGGUACUGUGCGAGACCUUGUGUUCAUGCAGGACAUCAGUAACAGGGCUUCCCUGCUGAUCAGUGGUGGGGCUGGGGACAGCAAGAUAUACGUUACAGAUUGUGAGACCGCCAUGCCAAUCAGGGCCAUGGCAGGACAUUCAGGUGUUGUGUACUCUCUACAUACCUGGGGAAGAUGUAUGUUUGUAAGUGGAGGUCAGGAUAAAACUGCAAGGUUUUGGGAUCUGAGAGCAUCAACCCCUAUCACCGUGGUACCUAGUCCAACUGGAAGCCCAUUUGCGUCAGUGUGUGUGGACCCGUCAGAGCGACUGCUAGCAUCAGGACACGAGGAUGGUUCAGUGAUGUUAUAUGAUAUAAGAAGUGUUCGAGCCAUACAGAGUUUCCGGCCACACGCGGAAGAUUGUCGAUCAGCAAGGUUCUCAAUGAAUGCAUUCUACCUAUUGUCUGGAUCUUAUGACAGGAACAUAGUUCUCACUGAUUUACAUGGAGAUCUACUUAAACCCCUACCCAGUGUGAUAGUAGCAGAUCAUCGUGACAAAGUGAUACAGUGUAGAUGGCAUCCUAACCAGCUUGCUUUUGUCUCUACCAGUGCAGACAAGACAGUCACAUGCUGGGCACUUCCUGUCUAGCAAACGGCACUUCCUGUGUAGCGGACUGGUACUUCCUGUAUGACUGACAGGCACUUCCUGUCAAACAUACAGGCACUUCCUGUCAGAUUUACUGCUUGGAACUUUUUGUCCAGCAAACUAGCAUUUACAAACUCAUGUUUUAUGGAAUUACAGUAAAGAUAUAUACUUUGUAAAUAUUUCUUGAACCCAGAUAUAGGUCAUAAAUGGGUAACUAAGUUACAAUCCAUCAAGAAGUUGCUGAAGUGUAUUAGAAUAGUCAGUAUUCUUUAAGUAGUUUCAGGUCGCUUCAUAGAAUGAUUUACAUUUUUUCCCUUUAACCUUUCAUUAUGACAAAAAUGGUGUUUGAGGUAAUAUCAAUCAUAUAUGAAAUACUGCUUUUUGAUACGCAUCAACAUUUUAUUGUGUAUGACAUAUAUAAUAUGUUGAAAGUCACCAUAAAUUUCAUUCAAUUACCAGUUAAUCAUAGUUUAAUAUGGGAAUCUCGUAUUUGCUAUUUUAAUGAAAUAUUUGUGUAUAAGAUAUUGUUCCUAAAUACAGGGCCUGUAUAGUAAUUCUGCUUGCUCAAAUCACUUUUCUGCAGUCUAGAAUUUGAUAAAGCCACCAUUUUUCAGAACAUCAAGAUAUACUUUGAAAAAAACAGCCAAUAAAAAGAUUGUAUUGCAUGUUUGAUUUUUUUGUAGACUGAUUUGAAAUGUAUGGACUUAAUCAAGUUUUCAUAAUGGGAAUCUGUGGGAAAAUCACAGUUUUAGUGACAUUUCUAUGUAAAUUGAGAACAUUCUACUAAGUAGAUUUUGCUGGAACUGCACAAAGUUAUAAAUUUAUAUAUACUGUCUUUCAUUUGGUUAAAAUAUAUAUAGGUCCAUGUGCUUGUUUUUUAAGCAUGUACAUGUAUAUAAUCUUCAAUAGGAAGCAGUUUUGUUCAGGGCCUAGAUUCAUGAACAUUCUUAGCCUAAAAUUUUGACUUAGGUUUUAAAUAUCUGAAAUUUUAAGUUGCUAUAAUAUCUUUUAAAGUAAUGCUACUGUGCAACCUUCUUGGAGCAAACAUCACUGGGAAGACAACAGUUGGAGCAACCAACUUACAGCUACCCAUGAAACCAAUAGCAUUUGGGCAACUGUUGACAUAGUAUAAAUAUGUGAACUUCUGACGUAAUAUAAUUAUAAUAGGGGCUGUUGCUCCCACGCCCUCACUCCCAAAAAUGGAAACUAUGCAUAAGCAGCUGUACCCAUUUACUCAAAAAGUGUUUGUGGAUGUUGUUACUGAAUAGGUCAUUGUCUAUGGGAGAGGUUUAAGCCGAAAAUGCUGUUGUAGAAAGGUAUUACCUCUGAAGAGAGGCCAUUAAUAGAAGUUACACUUGGUUGUGCUGAAAAUUCACAAACAAAUAUUUAUUCAUAGGAACUGUCUUUUAGUCCAGUUUUGUGAAAUCUGUUAUUUUAAUAGUGGCAUUAACAGAAAGAUGAAAAUUUAACCGUUUGAAUUCUAAGUCUAAAUUUCAGGCUAAGACAUUGGAGCUAGUAUUUGUAGUAGGGAGAGUGACACAAUGUGCAUUUUGUCUCAUUUAAGUUGGAUUGGUUCAAAUUGUUACUUAUGAGAAUUGUCAUGAAUCUAAUAAUGUUCAGUAUUGGACAUCUUUUUGAAAAAUAUUUGUUUCAUUUUUAUCUGGCAUUACAUUUUGAUGUUAAAAAGUUUUAUGUACAUUGUAAAUCAUAAUAUAAGUUAUGAGAGGGCUUUAUGGGUAGGCAAUUCAUUGCAUUUGCUUAUAUUGAUUUCAUUGGAAAUGUUUAGAAAACCAAGAACCAGUCAAAAGAGUGCAGUCUUGCCAUUGGUCAAUUUCAAAUUUGUUCCAUGAAACAGCCAAUGAGAUUUUGGAGCUAUUAGACUGGUCUACAGAUAACCAUGUGGUGGGGGUGGGGUCAAGUUUAUUUGAGGAACAUUGACCAGUCUGUGGAAUAUGUAAUGAUACACUGCUUAAUAGCUAGAUUGAUAGGAAGUCCGUCAAGGUGUAUGUUAUGAUUUGCCUCAUAACAUUUUUCAGCAGUUUGAAGCUCAAAAGUUACAAAAUCUUCUUCAGACUUUCGAACAGCCGAAAGUUUGAGUGAUUUUCAGUAGCUGUAGUAAUAUGGCAUAUUACAAGAAGUAUUUAUUGUACAUAUUAUAUUAUAUACACACUGGUCAUUUAAUUUUUCAAACAUUUAUUUUGAAAAGCUUCAUAUUUUUGUUCGUGACAUAUUUAUUUAUUUUAUGAUCUCCAUUUACCGUAGUCGCUUAGUCUAAAGCUGGCAUUAUGCAUUUUCAUGAAUGUGAGUUGACAGCUUAUUGAGCUAUGAACACAACAUUGUGGUAUUUGAAAGAAACUACAUGAAAGUGUUUAACAGCCUGCAAAAAUUGUCAUUCUGUUUAACCAUGACAGAAGUUACUGACAAAGUGAUUCAAAAAAGUUAUAUUUUGUUUAUUUGUGGGUAAUACUUAUUUUGUUUACCAUCGGUAUUUAUGCCAUGGUGAGACUCAUGUAAAUUAUUAUACAUUAUUUAUUCCAUUGUGUUUUUAAAGAAUUUAUGUAUCCAAAGUUUAUUUAAUGUUGUGAUCUGAAAAGAAGUGUCUCAUUUGUUUGCAUUUUUGGUCUUUUGUGUAAUUUUUUUUGUCAUGUGUUUAAACUUUUUUUUCUUUUGUUUGAAAAUCUUUGUCUUUUUGUUAGUGAUAAUUUAUUCCUAUUUUUUCCAUGCUUAUUUAUUACCAA